GACUGGUCGCGUUCAGAGGCUCAGGUCCACCUACAUCCACACACACCCUCACGCACACGCACACACACGCGCUCGCUCCCCGCACAUUUUCUCCCGCACGGCCCUGGUCUCGAGAGGAAUUCCCGAGGCGCUUCGAGUGAGGAUUCGCGGCAGAGGGUGGGGUUGGAGGUGUACCUGUCCCGUAGACCUUUGGCCCGAGCUGCCCUGCUGAUGACCUCAUUCCUGGCGGAGGCGGCCAUGGCGGAGUGGUAGCCCAGCAGAUGCGUGGGAGACUCCCCCCAGUGCACACGCGCUCACAUGUGCACGCGACCUCCCGCCCCAAUCCGCUCGCACAUAGACGCACAUGGACGUACGUGUACAUGGUGUCGGUCCGACUAGUGAUACAGUGCCCAAACUCGUAACAGUGAUUGAAAUCGGUGACAAAAGGCCCCGUGCGCUAGCCCCAUGUGGUGAACCUGAAAUGGAUUCCUUCGCAGACAAAGCUGCAAGUGGCCUUCUCUUGUCCAAGCAUUCCGUGGUGUACAACAAUAUGCUCUGCAAAGUCGAAAACCCCAAGGAUGUAAGUGACAGCUCGCCCAGUGUGACCCCCUCGCUGACCUGUGAUUCCCCAGUGACCCAGCUGUCGCCGCCUGUCAACAUGACCUCAGAACAUGUCUCGCCUGCAGAACAUGGCAUUAAGGACGAUGUAUCUACUUAUGCUGCCCCAGCGCCUGCCAUUACAAAGAUGCCCAAUGACGCAAUCCUCAUACAAAAUCAGAUGUCAUCCACCGGAUCUGUCUGUACAGGAAACAUGAACCAAAUGUGCAAAGUGUGUGGAGAGCCAGCCGCUGGGUUUCACUUCGGUGCCUUCACUUGCGAGGGAUGCAAGUCGUUCUUCGGGCGGACCUACAACAACAUCCCUUCGCCCAACGAGUGCAAGAACAGCGGCCGUUGCGUCAUCAACAAGAAGACGCGGACCUCGUGCAAGAGCUGCCGCCUGCGGAAGUGCCUGCGGGUAGGCAUGUCGAAGAGCGGCUCCCGCUACGGCCGCCGCUCCAACUGGUUCAAGAUCCACUACCUGAUGCAGAACAACAGCACGGCCACGUCUUCGGCGGACGACCCCGUGGCGAGCGAGGCCUCCACGACCACGGCCACGAGCACGACCACGUCCCCCGGCCUCAUCAGCCCUUCGUCGGAGAGCAUGACGCUCAGUCCGGACUUGAAGGACUUCAAGGACUUCAAGGACUUCAAGCUCAGCCCCGACUUCAAGCUGAACUCUGACUUCAAGUCCGUGCUGGAGUGCAAGGGCCUCAACUCGCCCUCGUCCUCGGAAUCGCACAAUUCCGACUCGUCGCUCGACCUGAACGAGAAGUCGCUGUUCCCGCCGUACUCCGAGCACCUGUACCCGAAGGACCUCCUGGCGCUGUACAACCUGCCCACGCUGACGCCCCGCCUCCCGCCCUACGUGGCGCCAACCACCCUCGCUCACCGCUACCUCUACCCCUACUACCCGUUCCUCUCCGUCUACUCCCGCAAACAGUACUUGGACACCCUGAUGCAGGAGGCCCGGCAGCGGGGGGUCGCCACGCCCGUCGACGGCGAGGACGAGCCCGGCGACGGAGGCUCGCCCCCCGCCCGCGACUUCGCCCCGCCCCCGAAGUUCUUCAAGCCCAACCCUUCGCCGACGCACGACCUCAAGCUGCCGGUGAGGGAGCCCCCGAGCCUCGCUCAGGUCCGCAACCUGCUGCCCUUUCGCCAGAACCUGCUGGUGCGGGACAUCCUCAACUCGGGUCGCAAUCCGGGCCACGACCUGUCGCCCAGAGGAAGCCCCGACCUGGUGACCGUCGGCGCCACGGCCCCCCAGGACCUCCCCAUCGACCUCAGCGUCAAGAACAAGUCGCCGUCGCCGCCGAGGCCCGUGUCCGUCGGGGAGCGCUCGGCCUCCAGCUCGCCCCGGGGCGUGCAGGAGGGCGGCAGAGAGAGCAAGGAGGCUGACGAGGGCCAAGCAGGCAGGAGGAAGGAGGAGCAGGACGCGCCGCUCGAUCUUAGCGCCGCGAGGACGGGGUAGCGAGUGCCAGGGACCGCCGCCCCUCUGUCUUAUACGGUGCCAAGAGGAAGGAAACGCAGGGCCGCUCGCAGGUGCCACUCCGACGAUGCCACUCCUACUCAGAGCCUCCGUCCGUCGGGUUCCCUGGCCUCCUGCUCCUCCUCACGAAGCGGAAGGACUUGAGCGCGAAAGAACCCAAAGCAACUGCACACUAGCGGAAGUUCCGUCGGAUAUAUUCAUACACAUAUAUAGUAUAAAUAUAUAGAUAUAUUUUUCCUCCAUUUUUAUUGGCGCUAAGGACGCCGUCGCGGCCGAACGAUGCGUCUGGAUGGAUCAUGUCGCAAGCAGUUUCUUCCUUCCUCCCCAGAGUCGAUUCCUCCGCCAAGCUCUCCUUCCAUCAACUCUCUCAACGGACGAUAUUUUUUGGUAGUAAUUCCUAAAAAGUGCCAUCGAAAGUACAAGUUCUUCCGUUUAAAUAUUUUUUUUUUCCUCGUUGUCGACUGUACAGUAUUUUGAAUAGUUUUUUUGUUAUUUCUUAUGAACCAGUGUUUAUUUUCCUAAGAGACAUAUCUCCCAUUUCUUUAAACCCGCUCUUCCUACACACACAAAUAUCCCUCCUUACAUUAGUCAAUGGAGGGAGAUGAAACCAGUUCGAAUCCAUGAACGAAACUCGAAGUGAAGCAGAACGAAACAGAAGGAUUCAUCACAUUCCACAAAAAAAAAAAAAAAAAAACGAUUUUCCAUAAAAAAAAGGAAAACAGAAUUAAAACGAAUAAGGAAAAAAAGAAGAAGAAAAGGUAAUAAACGUUUGAUUUUAUUAAUCCUAUUUUUGGAAAGAGAUAAAAAGAAAGAAAAAAGAAAAGAGAGAAGAGAAAAAAAAAAAAAAAAAUCCCGGAUGUAUACAUUACGCACAAAAGUUGAAACAAGGUCUUUCAAACGCUUUCUGCAAAUUGUAUCCGAUGAUAAAACGACACAUACAGUUUGCAAGAUAGUAUUCGUGAUAGGCCAUCUCUAUAUAUGUGAAAUUCUAUAGGUUUAUAUACUGAGCAAGUCCUUGAAUGUGAAAAACCAAGCCUGGGAAGUCUCAUGCUAGAAUGGAAUGACAAUUUCCCAUUUUCUUUUUAUAUCAUCAAAUCUUUCACUUUCUUCAAGGUUUAGGUUAGUCACGCAAGGUCCAUAAAGCUCAUGUCCAUAUUAGCAGAUUCAUGAAAAAUGAACCUUAUCCCAGUAUGAUGAAUGCGACAGAAACUCUUUAUAAUUUUCAUUCAACUUUCCAGUAUUUAUUUUGUAAAUAUUCUAGAGUUAAACGAUGUACAGCCGAAUAAUGAUAUGUCCAUAAGGUGUAAAAGCACAAGUCAACACUGCGGAUCGUCGACCUUAGGGCCUUAAUGUCACCACUGUCUUACCCCGUCUUUAAUAACGGUGUUAUCAGUCACGUAACUGCACUAUUAGUAUUUUUUAUUAGAGGAUUUCAUAUGCUAAGUGGAUUUUGUCUUUAUCCUCAUGUGGUUAUAACGACACAAGUGAAAUAAUUCCCCGUUUUCUUUCAUUAAUGUGUCUUUACUGUGAUCAAAGAAAACGGAACAUGUUUGAAACAUGAUCGUCUCAGAAAUUGAUGUGAAUUUCAUGACACUUACUUUAGUGCAGUAGUGUUUUUUUUCAUACUUUUUUAUUCCUUUUUUUAUGGCCUAAGGCGAUGGUACCGUUACGUGUACUAGAGUCUGUGAAUAUGAUAUUUAUUGUAGGAACAAGUCGGUGCCAUCUAGUGUAUAAGAUCUAGAGUAAUAUAAUAAAAGCUACAAUAGAAA